AUGCCGUUUCCACUACCAGCAUUUGCUCUUUUGUUUUCACGCCUAGAAGAAAUCGAGACGCGGCAGCCGCCAUUGCUACCUCGGGAGAAAGCGGAGGCUUUGAACAUCGAAACGCAGAAGUGGUUCAAAUCUCAUCAUAGGGCAAUCAAUGAACUCGACGUACCAGGAUCAGUGGCCUUGCUAUCAGCCCUCCUACCCGAACGUCGGACUGACCGGGUCUAUGGUAUUCAAGCGCAAAGUCUAUGCCGGAUCUUGUGUCGGAGUCUGGGCCUCACAUCGAGCAGAUCCAAGGAAUUGCAGGUCUAUAAGCAGCCUGGAUAUGGUGACCUGGGAGCUUGUCUAGAGCGCGUGCUCAAGGCUGGCGGCUCGGUCGCUAGACCGCCUGUGUCACUGGAAGAAAUCGACGCAAUGCUCGAGCAGCUGGCAGCACAGUGUCGCUUCUCUGGUCCAGCGGUAAAGGGCUCAGUUCCGCCCAGUUCCUCAGAAGCACGAGAUAAGCUGAUCGGAGACCUUCUCAAGCGUACUCCGCCUGAGGAGGGUAAAUGGCUUGUUCGUCUGAUCUUGAAAGAUUUCUCGCCCGUGCGGCUCAAUGAGGCGUUGGUGAUGAAAAGCUUCCACUUUCUGCUCCCGGACCUACUGCGGUUCCAGGGCAAUUUUGAGACUGCGACGCGGAUGCUUAAGGAUGACUUGCAUAUCCGGCAACUUCCUGAUCAUCCUGAUCCUCGAUCUGAAAGAUUGUUUCGACAAAGUGCAGGAACAUCUCUCCGACCUCUUAUAGGUGUGAAGGUGAGCAGGCCUGGGUUCGUAAAAGCUCGCAGCAUUGAACACUGCUUGAAGAUGGUAGGUACUCGCAAAUGGGUGCUUGAACGCAAGUAUGAUGGCGAGUACUGUGAAAUUCACAUUGAUAGAAGACGAUCCACUGUGCCUGUCGAAUGCAUACAGAUCUUUUCGAAGAGCGGCAAAGACUCCACUGCCGACAAGAAAGGCAUACAUUCCACCCUUGUAAAGUGCUUGAGGCUCGAUCAGUCGGACUGCAAGAUCACGGAGCAGGCGAUCUUGCUUGGAGAACUGGUUGUAUACUCUGACGUAACGAAGAGUGUCCUAGGCUUUGAUGAGAUAAGAAAGCACAUUCUACGCUCUGGUGUGUUCCUUGGAACAGACCUGGACUCGCAGCCACGUGCUCACGAGCACCUUGCCAUUGUUUUCUUCGAUGUGCUACUAUCAGAUGACGACGUAGUCAUGCAUAAAUCUGUUAACGAGCGUCGACAGCGACUGCGGCAAAUGUAUCGGAAAAUACCCGGUCGAGCCUUGGGAGCUGAGUGGAAAGAGGUCAACUUCGCCAAUAGUGGUCCCGCAAGAAAACGACUGCUCGAACAGUUCGCUGCAUCCAUCGUGCAGCGGUGUGAAGGCCUUGUCUUAAAGCCUUGUGGAGUGCCUUACUUUCCUCUCGACACGCAUCAUGAUGGUGUACGUACCUGCAUCAUCAAGCUGAAGAAGGAUUACAUAGCCAACAUGGGUGACGAGGCUGAUUUUGCAGUGAUCGGCGCGAGCUACGACGCACAGCUAGCGCUGAAGAGCGGCAUUCCUGGUAUCAAGUGGACGUCAUUUCAUUUGGGCUGUCUGACGAAUGCGGUUGAAGUCAGGCGCUACGAAACAAGACCUGCCUUUCGAGUGGUAGAAACCAUUCAUUCAGAAGCAUGCAUUCCGAAGCCUACGCUUCAGGCUUUGAACCAGCUUGGCACGUACACUGCAAGACCGUACAGUCGUUCGAAUACAGGAGCACCGUUCGAUGUUGCUAUCAACACACCAAACAUUGACGUACUCUUUGAAACACCACUCAUGGUAGAAGUGCUCGGCUCGGGCUUCUCAAAGCCAUCAAAUGCCAAUUUCUACAUGCUGCGGCACCCCAGGAUUAUCAAGCUGCAUCAGGAUAGGUCAUGGACCGAAUGUAUCUCGUUUCAGGAGUUGCAAGAGCAGGCACAUGCUGCAAAGACUGCGCCGACCGAAGCUUUCAGUGAGCUAGACGAGACACGAACUUGGGUUGCUAAGCUCGAGAGCAAGCUAAAGCACAGACUGGAGAAGGAGGGCACUCUCACGCCUGAGUCAAGGCGUGAAAGUCCGAGAUCAACGAAGCGCAGUGCUGAGUCCAAAUUACAUGGUGCGACUCUUGUCGACAAGGCCUCCCAGCAGCUGACCGCGACUGAUGCGCUAACGGAUACCACGCCUUGUCCGCCAGGCAAACGACGAUGCACUGCGGAGCAUUGCGCAACACCACCUCGUCCUUCACCACUUUCUGACAUCACGAACCAAGCCGAGAGCCUUAGCUCUACCCGCCAGCUACUAGCGUUCACGAAAGCUAUGGUCUCGACAAAGCCGGCAGUAUCUUGCAGAACUUACGGGGGAGCGGGAUCCAGAAACGACGUUGUUGAGCAACAUCUAUCAGCCGUAUGCUCACGAAGCAAAUGUCCUUUCAGCAACGCCGCGGUCUUCCUCGCACCGUGCAUCAGAGGAGUCCCAUAUAUCACAGAAGACUUACUGCCUUCGCACGACGUUCUCCUCACUGCAAGCAUCGAGCACUGGGAUCGACAAAGCUUCUCGCAUGCGCCACGCACAGCCACAGUCUCCGAGAGUCAAGCCUACAGCGGCAUGCACAAGAUUGUCCUGGUUGAAGCCAAGAGACCUGCCAUGGUGAAAGUUGUGCUGGGACGAAUCUUUGCUUUGAACCACGGAAGGAUACGAGAGCGCAUAGAGCUAUACGAUUGGAGAGUUCUUGAGCAAUGCGUUAAACACGACAGGCAGGCUGACCAUGUGAAAGAGCACUUCAUUGGUGUUACGAUGUUCGAUGAGAUGAAUGACCGAGCGAUUUUCGUUUCUUCGAUACCCGGCUUCGGCCACACUGGUUAG